AAAAAAAAAAAAAAAAAAGGGAAAAAAAGAAUGGAAACCAAACCUGAAGGAAGUGAAUAUGAAGACUUGUUACCGGUGAUGGCAGAAAAGCUAGAGGUGGACACCUUUGUGGCUGAACUCUGUGGAGGAUUUCGACUUCUAGCAGACCCGAAGAACGGGUUGAUUACACCAUCGAGUUUGCAGAAGAAUUCAGGUGUGUUAGGCUUGGAAGGGAUGAGUGAAGAAGACGCGGAGGCGAUGGUUAAAGAAGGAGAUCUUGAUGGAGAUGGAGCACUCAAUCAAACUGAAUUUUGCAUUCUCAUGGUAAGACUUAGCCCAGAGAUGAUGCAAGAUGCGGAAAUAUGGCUUCAAAAGGCAAUUCAAGGGGAGUUGAAGAAAUCCUCUUCUUGAUUAUUAUAAUUAAUGUUUUCCAUUCGUCGCUUAAUUCGUGCAGCAUCAUUACAUGAGCACAUUAUUAAUUUCUUCAAAUAAUUUUAUGUACCACUUUCAAAUGAAAUGAUGGAAGAACAUAUGCAAAUUCUGAGUAAUAGUUAUUGUUAUGCACAUAUGCAAAUUCAGAGUAAGAGUUAGCCAUUUUUAUGCAAUAUCAUUUGAAUGAUCUCGACUAGGGAAUUUUACUCUUAACAAGACUAGGUUGAUCUUU